ACUGGCCGUUACGGGGGCGUGGUCUCACGCAGCAGUCUCAUAGAUUGUGCGAUUUCCAUUCAAAGUACACGCUUGUGGUACAGUAGGGGGAAGGAAUUGAGCAAAAUACGAGAAACGAACACCAUUAUGACCACGACUAUAACAGUGAAUAAUAAGAACAGUUAUAGGAGCUAGCUAUCGCCUAUAAUUUUUCGAUAAGGCGAGAAAAGCGACGUGGGUAAAUAUCCGACGGCAGAGAAAAGUCGCUCUUUCGGUAGUCUACAGGUAGCGAUCUCCGCGAACAAGAAGAAAGCUUUUAUUUGUCACGUGCAUAUAUACAGGACAUGUGGCUAUAUCCGUCCGGUGGUCAAACCGGGGUACGUUAUUAGUUCUCUUCUGGUAGGUCGCUUUGCCUUCGUUGAAAACGGAACAGCCAUGUCAAGAAGAAAGCAAACGAAGCCGAGACAAAUCAAACGUUCCCUGGGAGACUUGGAGGAAGGGGAUGACCGCCCACCUGAUGACCUCAGCCUAUCGGAGGAUGAGGGCGGAGCCUCGGAACAGGAAGACUCUGCGGAGUGCGACUCCAGCCCUUCGCGCGAACCGGCUCUGAAUUGUGAAGCCCCCGCAGGGCCCGGGUCCCCCGAUACGGCGGGCACGCCUGCCGCACCUGGCCGGGAGGAAGAGGAGGAGAGCCCGCCCCUCAGCUGUAAGGAGGAAGAGGAGGAGGCGGAGUCUUACUGGGACGGCCCAGAUGAACUCCACCUGAGCGAUGUGGGAGGGGUCAGGAGGGUCCUCGCCCGAAGGGACCUGGCCCCCGACGCCACCUGGGGCCCGUACAGUGGGCGGAGCCUCAGCGCGCCGCAGAGGGAAGGGCAGGAGGAAGAGGUAGCGGGCUUGACUCUAACUGGCACAGACACAGAGCUCUGGUUGAAGAGACUUCCUGUUACCUCCAACCACUCAGAAGCCAACUGCACCAUCUACAGUCAAGGUGAGGAGCUGUACUGUAAGGUCACUAAGGCAGUCCAAGCGGGCGACAGCUUAUUGGCCAGGCUGCCGGAGCCCACGCCCACUGAGACCCACAGUGCACCAGUGAAGGAGGAGGAGCCUGAGCCCCCACACCCUGAGAUCCACCUCCUCCCCCAGCAGGCCGGCAUGGCUGCCAUCCUGGCCACCGCCAUCAUCAACAAGGAUGUCUUCCCGUGCAAGGCCUGCGGGAUCUGGUACCGGAGCGAGCGGAACCUGCAGGCCCACCUGCAGUUCUACUGCGCCAGCCGGAAGCAGUCGCCCCCCUCGCCCGCCUCGCCCGCCUCGCCCCCCUCGCCCCCGCCGGAGCACCCCGAGGAGCGCGUCCGCCCCCCGCCCCGCUGCGCCAAGAGCUGCCCCAGCGCCAGCGCCAGCACCCUGGAGACGCCCGCGCGCACGCGCAGCGGUGAGCGUCCCUUCCUGUGUCUGAUCUGCCUGUCGGCGUUCAGCUCCAAACCCAGCUGUGAGCGCCACCUGCAGGUGCACACGGACGCUCGCGGCGGCGCCUGCCCCGCCUGCCCCGCCUGCGGCUUCGCCCCCGCCACGCCCGACCUGCUCCACGGCCACCUGCUCACCCGCCACACGGCGUACCGUCCGGGGGCCCGCAGCGAGGGGGCCUCCCCUGGCCCCGGCCCCGGCCUGCCGCCGCCGCUGCUGCUCACCGCAGGUAACCGCACGGCAUGCUGGGUGUCGGCCCUGUUCGGGCCCAGUGCAUUUUGGGUAACCAACAGCGAAAGAGUUUGGAAAAAAGGGGGGUGUCAGACUGGAUCACAAGGGGGCGCCGCAGUUGACUUAAAUGAAACACUGGUGCUGAGAACACCCCAAAACCAGAAGACACUGCGGCCCUCUAGGACUGCACUUUCACACCUGUGCUGUAGAAUAUGUGUUCUGUACAUACAAUCCCUCUCGACCAUAUAUAAGCUUGUCCUCAGGACUAAUAAUAAUAAUAAUAGUAAUAUUAUUAAUAAUAAUAAUAAUAAUAAUAAUAAUAAUAAUAAUAAUAAUAAUAACAGUAAUAGUAAUAACAAUAACAAUAAUAAUAAUAAUAACAGUAAUAGCAUUACUAAUAAUAAUAAUAAUAAUAGUAAUAGUAACAGUAAUAGCAUUAAUAAUAAUAAUAAUAAUAAUAAUAAUAAUAGUAAUAAUAAUAAUAAUAGUAAUAGUAACAGUAAUAGCAUUAAUAAUAAUAAUAAUAAUAAUAAUAAUAAUAAUAAUAAUAGUAACAGUAAUAGCAUUAAUAAUAAUAAUAAUAAUAAUAAUAAUAAUAAUAAUAAUAAUAAUAGUAUUAAUAAUGAUGAUAGUAAGAGUAACAGUGAUGCUGUUCUGGCAGGGCUGGGUGAGGACUGUGGGGUAGUGCUGAAGUGCCAGGUGUGCGGUUUCCCCGCGGACACCCUGGCGCUGCUCCAGCAGCACGUGCAGACGCACCUGAAGGUAAUGAGCCCCGCCCCCCGGCAGAGCCCCUCCUCCUCUGCGAGCCCUGACUCCGCCCCCCUGGGGGCCGACGCGUCGCCCGCCCCGCCCAGCGUGCGCGUUAAAGAGGAGCCGCACUCCGACGUGGAAAAUGAGGCUCCGCCCCCCUCCCGAAGCCCCUCCCCCCGGGCCCCGCCCACAGCGCAGGUGAAGGCGGAGCCCGCUAGCGCCACGCCCGGCUCCAGCCCGGAGCCGCAGGGAGGGGCGGCCCCCCCGCCCCAGGCCUCCGAGAUUUUGGCGAAGAUGACCGAGAUGGUUCACGCCCGCCUGAGGCAGAGCCACACCCCGACCACGCCCGUCGGCCCCGCCCCAGCCCGGCCCGUCCACAAGGGGGCGACGUGCUUCGAGUGCGACAUCACCUUCAACAACGUCAACAACUUCUACGUCCACAAGCGGCUGUACUGCUCCGGCCGGCACCAGCACGGGGACACGCCCGCAGCCACGCCCACCGCCGCCGCCGCCACCGCGUCUCAGCCGAAGGAGCGGACGGAGCCGUCCCCUCCCGCCCUCGGGCUCGGCCCCUCCCCCGGGGCCCCGGCCCCGCGCGCCGCCUCGGACGGGAAGCCCGCGGAGGCGAAGGCCGAGGGGGCGGGGCUCAGGGAGGCCUCGGGCUCGGAGGGCGAGAGCGGCGGGCGGGCGAGCGAGGCGAGCGAGGGCAGCCAGAGCCCGGGCGGCUCGGGCGAGGACGCCGGCGACCCCGACGCCACCUUCUGCCGGGCGUGCAACAUCCGCUUCAGCCGCCGCGAGAACUACGCCGUGCACAAGCGCUUCUACUGCGCCUGGCGCCGCCCGGCCCCCGGCAACCAGCGGGCCCCCGCCGGCAACGGCGGCUUCCCGCCGCAGCCCGUCCGCACGCGCAAGCGCAAGAAGAUGUACGAGAUCCACGCGGCCCGCGGGCGCGCCCUGGCCGGCUCCGCCCCCGCCCCCGAGCCCGCCCUCGCCCCGCCCCCGGGGCUCGGCUCCACCCCCUCGCCCCGCCCCGAGGGGGACGGCCCCGUCGACCUGCGCAAGAGGCCCCGCCCGCAAGAGCCGGUGGGGCCCCCCGCGCCCCCCGCCCCCGUCCUGAGCGACUACCACAAGUGCACGGCCUGCAGCAUAAGCUUCAACAGCAUAGAGAACUACCUGGCGCACAAGGCGUACUACUGCCCCGUCCCGCUGCAGCGGCCCCCCCUGCAGCCUCGCACCCUCGCCCCCCCAGACCCGGCCCCUCGGACGGCCGGACCCGCCCCCCGCCCGCACGCGAUCGCCCGCCACAGCCCGCCCACGCCGGGGUCAAAGGGGUCAUCUCCGCACUCCAGCCCUCCCAGCUGCCCCCCGCUGACCUGCCCCUACUGCCCUCCAGGGGGCACCGUCGCGGGGGACCUGGUGGAUCACUUCAGAACUGCGCACGGCCUGGUUCUGACCCGCCUGCCCUGCGGACCGCCUCCCGGCAGCCACUCGCCGGGCCGGAGCGAGGCUCCGCCCCCUCAGGCCAGCCCCGCCCUCAAGCCCCGCCCGGACGCCGCCAACGGGAGCUCCGCCCCCUCGUCCCCCCUGCUGAACGGAAGCCCCCGCCUCGCCCCGCCCACUCCCCCUCCGGCUGUCUCGCCCGUGGCCGAGGUCACAAAGGAGGCGGGACGGAACCCGCCCCAGAACACGCCCACCCUGGCCCACGUCCCCGCCCACACGUCCCCGAAAGCGGCACAGGUCUCCCCCCUGCCGAACGGGACGUCCCGCUUCUGCCGGCUCUGUAACAUCCGAUUCAGCAGCCUCUCCACCUUCGUCGCCCACAAGAAGUACUACUGCUCCUCCCACAGCGCGGAGCACGUCAAGUGAAGCCCCGCCCCUCCCCCGGCUCUGCUCCGCCCGGUGACAGGCCAGCCGCGUCCCGCCCAGCAGCUCCCCGGCUGCCAAUGAGCCCGUGCCGGCGGGCGUGUCCGAGGGCGGGGCUCACCGUGGCUCCGCCUUCUGGGGGGGCCGUUACUCAGCGCAUCCUGUCGCUCCCGGUGCCGUUACUAUGGCAACUCGAGACAGGGGUCAGGUCUUUAAUGACACUAAACGAUGAAAUCUACCUGCGCACUCGUUAGCGUGCCCACCUGGGCCCUCUGUCCCGGGGUUCCUGGCAUGUCCCGUAUCCGGGCGUGGUGUUUGGAUCCUACGCAGUCCACAAGCUUUAUUUCACUAUUUUAUUUCUGAUUAGCCUGAGCAUUAUGUGCCAAUGUAGAAUUCAUUUUUUUUUUUUGUCUCCGUCAAUGUUGUGGUGUGGGAUGGGGAAACACCACCCCCUAGUGGCAAGAUCUGUCCUACAGGGACUGCAUUGCUUAGGUAUAUCUGAAUUAUAUAAUGUAAAAGUUCGUUCAGACACUGGUGGUAUCACUGAAUUGAAAAAUUGAAUUGUGUCCCAUGAUUGUAGGAGUGGUAAGGGUAUUUUUUAUUCUUUAAAUCAGGAUUGGGAGCGAACAGAUUUCCCUUCUGUGGCAGGGAUUCCGUCAACAUAAGUCCUUAACUUGGACUCACAAAUAUGAGUAAGAAUUUUUUUUCUUCACACACAAUUUGGUGAGUUCAUCAUGAACACUAACUCUCCAAACUUAGCUUGUGAAGAAAGAGCUUGCAUUCACUCGUAUGUUAAGAUCACAUUUUGACUGUACACGAGCCUGUGUUUCUUUGGGGGUAAAAUACUUAUCUCUUGGUCCUCACUGAUUUCAUGUAAACUACCUUUUUUAAUGUUACUUGUUUUGUUUUAUUUUUAGCUUUGGAAAAAAAAUUUUUGUGUGUUUUAGUAGUGUUUGUAGUCAGUGUUGCUGAUUAUGUUUAUUUUUUCUAGGCAUGAAGUUUUAUGCAAAAGGGAAAUGGGAAGGGAAACUAUCAGUUUGAAGUUUUAAUCCGCACACGUGCACACAAGCCCACACACACGCGCAUAGACUCAGACACAUGCACAUAACCCCACAGAGGUGCACAAUGACCCACACACGUGCCCAUAGACCCGCACACGCAUAUAGAUCCACACACGUGCACAUAGACUGCUGAAAAAAAACUUUAUCACCUUUUUUGCACUGUGUUUAGGUCUAGAGGCUCUUCUGUAACGUAUUUAUCUUUUAGCGGCACUUUCCCUGUCCAAAACAACCCCCUCGAGGGCCGGUAAUGCAUUUGGGACGUUUAAUAUGACCUACACGAAAAUAUUUCGUGACACGACAUGUUUAAACAAGUUUUUAAUUAUUUUCUAUUUUGUUUCUACAUCAGUUCCACUACACUCCUGUUCAAACUAUGCAUGGAGAAAUAAAGCGUACUGAAGGACUUGUAAA